AUGAGGAAGGUAGUCCUGCUGUUUGGUUUAUGGAGUCUUCUCUCCCUCUCACAUGCUCAGUUGACAGAUAGAGAGGAGCCUGAAGGUGAGGAAGAGGUGGUUGAACUUUUUACCACACCACGCACCAAGCUGGCUGCCGCAACCUCUGAUUUUGGCUACAACCUGUUCCGUCAGCUGGCAGCACGUGACCCCAAGGCCAGCGUCUUCCUGUCUCCCACGAGUAUCUCAGCAGCAUUCACGCAGCUUUCAAUGGGGGCAUCUGAACGAGCAGAGAAACAGAUUUACAGGGCCCUCCGCUAUCACACCCUGCAAGACAGUCAGCUCCAUGACACGCUGAGAGACCUUCUCUCCUCACUCAGGGCACCUGCCAAAGGCUUCAAGUCAGCAGAACGGAUCCUUUUGGCUAGAAAACUCCGUCUCAGGCUGGAAUACCUCAACAGUGUAGAGAAGCAAUAUGGGGUCCGGCCUCAAACUCUUGCAGGUGGAGCGCGGGACCUCAAGAUUGUUAAUGAUUGGUUCAAACAGCAGACUGGUGGAAAAGUGGAACAAGUUGUUCCUUCCCCUCUUUCUCGUAAAAUAUCCGUGCUGCCUGUCGGAGCUGCCUCCUUCAAUGGUAAAUGGAUAACUAGGUUCAGCAAAGCUAAUAAGUUGGAGAACUUCCAAAGAGAUGGAGAAGCGCCAACUCUCAUUCCCAUGAUGGAGCAGGAGAAUUACCCAGUGAAGAUGGGUAUUGACCCUGACCUUGGCUGCACGAUAGCCCAGGUUCCUAUGGUGGAUGGAGUGAGCAUGUAUUUCUUCUUGCCCGAUGAAGUGACUCAGAAUCUGACUCUAAUAGAGGAAGCACUUACAGCUGAGUUUGUCCAGGACCUUUCCAAUACCCUCCACGCAGUGCAGGUGCUGCUUACUCUUCCCGUUAUCAAACUCAGCUACAGGACCGACCUGCUGCCUUCCCUCUCGGACCUGGGUCUGUCUGAAUGGUUGGCAGAGACGGACCUUAUCAAAAUCACCAGUCAGCCAGUCAAGUUAAAUGGCGUCCAACAUAUGGUUGUGCUGGAGACGGCUCCAGAGGGUGCAGAGUAUGCCAGCAACACCCCCACUGCCAAAGGCCAAUCACUGGCUCUAACGUAUCGCGUGGACCGGCCUUUCCUCUUUCUAGUCAGGGAUGAGCCAUCAGGGGCACUUCUUUUCAUUGGGAAAGUGCUGAACCCAAGUGACUUGAAAAGGGUAUGAGAAAGACAUGCACAUACAUUCAUAAAAACAAACAAAUGAGAGACCAGCGACUUUUAUAUGUGCUAAUUUUUGCCCAAAUCUAUUAACAAGAAAUAAAUAUUUUACAUAUCUGCAAUUACAUGGGCAUUUCAAGCAAAAACCAUCAAUGCAAACUUUAGGGGCUUUCGCACCGGGUACUAGAAACUUAGUUCUUGGAACUAGUCAGAAGGGAGAACUAAUGGUUCCCUUAGGAACAUUUUCCUGCCAGCAGGUACUCUGAAGUGACAUAAAUAUGGUAGGUACUCUGAAGUGACAUAAAGCCGCGCUUGUUGUGACUUUUAUUUUGCCGGUGCGGCGGACCUUUAUUUUGACGGCGCUAAAAAUGUCUGAUCCCGCAUUCUCAGUCUUUAUUAUUUUACUAUCUGUCAAAUACGUUAUUAGAGAACUGUUAUACAAAGACAGUAUAUGAAAAGUUAUUAGCGUAUACCGUGUGCUUGAUGUCCAGUGUUGCUAGCUGAGCAGAAAUGAGAAAUCUCGUCCCCUUGGUCCCCUCAAAGUAGUGUUGAAUGAAUUUUCUCCUCAGCGUAAAGGUUAAGAGGCCAAUCUAUCACUAUUUUCCAUGUUCGUGGAGUUAGUUUUUGGAGUAAAUAUAUAGGCUAUAAUCUGCGUUUACACUGCUUAAAAAAAGGGUUUCGUGUGCAUUCGGCCAAUCAGUGUACGUUAACAUCACUGGUAUUUCCGGUAGUUUUAGACCCUAAUCUGAAGUAGGGGCUAAAUUUGUUCUUCCAAAAUGAGUUCCUAGAACUAAAAUCGUUCCUAGUUCCUGUGGUGUAAACGUGCCAAAAUCAGGGUACUUCUGCCAAUAGUUAUAGGAACUAUGAAAAGGUUCCUCUGGUGCAAAAGCCCUUAUGUGUACAGUACAAAAUUCAUAGGUCAAGCUAUACUUAUGAUGGUAUGGUCCAUUUGUGCUUUUUAUUAAGGAUAUUUUAUUGAUAGACUCAGAUGUUCUUAGCCAUGUAAUCUAAAUUCGUUCUGCCACAUAAGGAUUUGACACUCAUAAAUCGGACAAACUUUUCACACGUUCACAAUCCCUUGUGUAUUAACAGCUGCUAUGUUGUUUAUUAAAUUGUAGGAACAGCUGUUAUGUUUUUUUUUAUGAAAUCUCAAAAGCAUGUUGUAAUGGCAAUCAUAUUUUGUGUAACAUUUGUGUUGAUACAUGUAUCGAUACAUGUUGAGUGUUCUAUAGGCUACAUCUGACUUAUGACUUUAGUCCCUCAGCAAUGUUUAAAUUAAUUUCAAAUUAAGUUCAGUUGACAUUCCCAUAUGUGCAUUUACUACCAGCAAGAUUAUUCUAAAUGUGUAUAGUAUGUUGGCUAUUGCUAAAAUAAAAAGUAAAUAAAAAAAUAAUAAAAAAAUUGCAAUCAGUA